UCCCGUUUGUUAUGUUUUUGCCUGUUCACUUUGUGGUUCGAUGUGCGAGCUCCGUUGUAUGUCUGGUCGCGUACUUGUCUUCUGCGGUGCCUUUCUAGUUGCAACGCCCUGAUGUAGUCUCUCAUGCGUUUUUUGAGAGUUUCUGGGAGCAUAUCGCACCCCAAUCGGCUCCCGAACCUGUGCAGAACAGGGCCUUGAAGCAGAGAUUUUUUCGAGGAGAAGCUGGAGUGGUCUUCUUGGCAGGCGGUCUUUGUCAUUGAGCAGUUGUUACAUCAAAUCGAGUGCUGCGUAAGAAAUGAAAUAAGUGAUGGUCGUAGCCUAUUUAGCGAUUCUAUUACAUAUCUUCCUCGUAUGUUAAUGAGUAGCGCGAAUAAAGUUUCGUAUACAACCCAAAGCAUUUUUGGUUAAGAAUCCAUUUGGCGUACGAACUAGAGAACCGGUUGAAAUUUGAGCUAGUCAAUGUUAAUGGAGACACCAGCCAAUGCGUGAGACACUCCGCCCUUCUGUCCCAAGUACUUUGUAAAUACUGGGCUAUAACCAAACCAAUCGCCCAGGCCGAAAAUCUGAUGUCUGAAGUUCCGGCCAAGUGUGUUUGACUUCGACCAGAUUUCAUACAGUGUCAAGGUACAAAACAGCUUUGUUGAAGUGCCACAAGGGAGAUAAUGAAACUACUAGGAGACAAUGGAGCUGGGUACGAGUUGGCGCAGAGGUUAGAAGAGAACUCAGUGUGGCGGGCGUGGCUGGGAGAGAGGGAUUAUGUUUUACUGCAAUCUUACCUCGCAACACCGGGUACCUGGUCUGCUUUCAUGCAAAUAGAAAACCCUAGCGUUACUGCAUUGCAGCUACGAGUACGAGCUUUGCUUUUUGACAAAGCAUUGGUUUUCCUUCAUCUCAAAUCUGCAGCAACUUCUCCUCCGAGUGCUUUGGACAACUCAUUUUUGCAGUUGCACGCGGACAAUGUGUACUUCACUCUAGAACAUGAUGCCGAGGAUUGGACUAGGUUGCAAGCAGAGAAAUCUCCAUCGUUGGCAUCUUUGGAGCUCAAGCAUGGAUUGGACUCUUCCGAGAAUUUUACCAGAUUGAACGAGGCAGAGAGUGGCCAUUCUGGGAUAAACAGUCGUUCUGCCAAACCAUCACAAUCAAAUCACGUUUCAAGUGCUUUGGUGAGCCCCAGACAGCAAGCAAGUCGAACGCAUACAAAGACGGGAUUAAGUGUUUCUGGAAAUGCAUCAGAUCAUCGCACUCUGGGAGAAUUAUGGUACACUCAAUAUUUGCAGAGGGAUCUUAUGAACAGAAUGAAUCGGCUGGCUCGACGUUUGGCUCAACGUGGGCUUCCAUUUGGCGACCAAGAAGCAUGUCUUCGAACUCCUACGGAAAUGGCAGAUUAUGUCUGUAAUCAAGCAAAUCAUCGAAAACGGCGCCCAGUAUUUCGAAUAGAUGGGGACUUAAAGCAAAGUCUCUUAAGUCAUGAGAGGUCUAUCCAGGGAGGAGAUGACGAUACCCCAUUUAUGCCGGAGAUCCAGUAUCCAGUAAACUGUGUACCAGAAAAUGCAGUUACUGCACGCCCAAAUACUUCAUUUGAUGGCUCCAGUGCACAUGGGGCUUUUUUAGAAAGAUUGGAUCAUCUACGAGACCUGUCUUCAGGUUUGUUUAUCAGAGGAGAAGAUCGACUUCCAGGAGAAGUUUCCAGUCAUCACGUUAGAGGAGGCGCCCUUGGUCGAGGUAAUACGUUAAGGAUCAGUCAUAGGAAUGAAUUGUCUGAAGAAGCUGCUCUGCAGCUUGCUGAACAAGCAGUUGUGAGAAUGCUGGCAGCAGCUGGUUUUGAUGGUAUCAAACAGGCUCCUUUGCGAAUUCUUGCGGAUUUCUUGGCAUGCCACAUCCGCAAGCUUGGAAGCGGGCUUCGUCGCAUUGUAGACACCUACAAGACUGAGUGUUCUUCCGCAGAACUUCUGAAGAUGUACACCUAUGGUGCCGGUGGAAGCAACCUUCCAGAUAUGAUGGAGUAUGUCUCAAAAACGCAGCAGCAGUCGUUUCAAAAGCGAAGACCAGCUCCAAUUCAGAUGCCUCAGCCAACAAUACAGCAGGCUCUAGUUCAACAGCAGAUAAGUCCACAUGCAGUCUCAAUGCCACUGAUGAUGCCAUACCAACACAAUAUUCAAGUUCAACAAUUGCAGCCAGGAUAUGAAAGAUCUGCAAAAAGGCGCCAAAAUUCGAGUCCAGGAGAAUCAAACAAGGGGGACAGGUUUGAGGCGGUUGCUAGUGAUACUAAUCCUGGUGGGCAAAUAGGUGUAGAGUCACGUACGUCGACUAUUGGAUUACCACAAAUGCUCAGCCAACCAUUGAGCCAAGGGCGUAUGUCGUGGAGCUCACAGGCACCCAGCUUCGUAGGGUUAUCUCAGGUCCAUCAGGCUCCAAUGUUGCAACAUUUCAAGCAACAGCCCUCAUCACUACCAAUACCUUCAGUUCAACAUCGUUUUUAUGGAAAAGAUUCUAGAACUGUGAAGUUGCCAUCUCAAACGCAUGAACACGCGGAUAUGUCAGUGAACGAUAGCAUUAAACAUGAGAUCAAUUACGAUGGUGAAGAUUCGCAGUUUUCUCCAAGCAGACGAAAAAGAAAACAGGUAGCAACAACGAAGUUGGGGUUUUCAUGAGUAAGAGAUUGAAGACGAAGCGUUGAAAAUAGUGGUAACUAGGUCCAUAUAUUAAGAGUUCAAAUCAAUCUUUUAACUGCUAUUAUGACGGUGUAAAUUGUGUAUUACUAUUGCUUCGUGAUAUAGCUGCUUAACGUGGCAGCGGAAGUGGACGACUGGUUUAAAGUUCUUAUUUUGGCAAUCAUUUUGUGAAAGAUUUAAAUGAAUAGUGUAGAAGUACCGAAUAUCAAAUUUAUCUCUUUAAAGAACAUCUAAAUCGUAUGUGUUAUGAUAAGGAGUUUUAGGAUGGCCAUUUAUUCAACAUGGAUAGAGGAAUAUGGCGUAUUCCACUCGCAACACUUUUC